AGGAGGUUUAACCAACAGGACUUUCUCUUCUUCUUCUGGUCGGUUUCCUGUUGGACGCAGUUAGAGAGAGAAAGGGAGAGACGAAGGUUUCUAGCCAGAUAACCCUCCUCAUAUAUCCAGGACACUGCAGCUCUUUUUCAGACGCAUCUUCAAGUCAAAGCUCCGGAGAGAAACCAGCUGUCAGUCCUGCUGCGCCCUGCACGGUCCUCCGCAAGGAUCCACCGGCGGUUUGGGACUCCAAGAAACCGCAUUUAAACCCACUGAACUGGGGAACAAUGAAGAUGCUCCUGCUUCUGGUAAUCCUUCAGCUGCUCUUGGCUCCAGCGCUCAUGGUUCCCGGUGUGGAUCGCUGGGACUCGUGGGGUCCUUAUGGAGAAUGCAGCCGCAGCUGUGGCAGCGGUGUGACCAUGAGAACCAGACGCUGUAUCACCCACAGGACUGAUGGAGGACAUAACUGUGUGGGACCAGACAAGUCUUACCGCUCCUGCAACAUCCAGGACUGUCCGGAGGGAUCCAAGGAUUUCCGUGAAGAGCAGUGCUCCCAGUUUGAUGGAACUGACUUCCACGGGAAACGCUACAAGUGGCUCCCAUAUUAUGGAGCUGAGAACCCCUGUGAGCUGAACUGCAUGCCAAGAGGAGAAAACUUUUUUUAUCGUCACCGCAGCUCUGUGGUUGAUGGUACACCCUGUCACCCUGGACGCAGGGAUGUUUGUGUGGAUGGAGUCUGCAAGCGUCUGGGCUGUGACAACAUGUUGGAGUCUCCUCAGCAGGAAGACCCCUGCCUGCAGUGUGGGGGUAGCGGACAGUCCUGCUACAGUGUCAAGAACAGCUUCUCUGUACGCGACCUGCCAACUGGCUACAACCAGAUGUUCAUCAUCCCUGUUGGAGCCACCACCAUCAGCAUCAGAGAAACAGUGGCCACACGCAACUACAUUGCUAUCAAGAACCUGCGUGGUGAGUACUACCUCAAUGGCCACUGGGUAAUUGAGUUUUCCAGGGCAACACCUAUUGCUGGAACUAUGCUGUACUACCAGCGAGGAGCUGAGGGUGACAACGUCCCUGAAACCAUCAUCGGCCGCGGCCCUACCACUGAACCCCUUGUUGUUGAGCUGAUCAGCCAGGAGCCAAACCAAGGAGUGGAGUAUGAAUUUUAUCUCCCUAAUGGACGCUCCAGAGAGGGCUACUAUUGGAGUUUUGGAUCCUGGUCUGCCUGCAGCAGAGAGUGUGGAUCAGGCUACCAGUCUCGUUUGGUCUUCUGCACCAUUGAUAAUGAGGCCUACCCUGACUAUCUCUGUGCAUCUCUGCCGAGGCCACAAACCAACCGUACAUGCAACCCCCAAACAUGCCCACAGAUUCGCAGCUGGAGAACCGGUGAGUGGAAUACCUGCUCGGUUACCUGCGGUGGAGGCUCUCAGGUGCGCAGAGUGGAGUGCAUCUCCCAUGAUGCCUCAGGCCCCCAUGUGGUGGAGGAUGCCAUUUGUGCCGCCUAUGCCGAGGCACCACCCACUCUGCAGACCUGCAACAUGCACAAGUGUGCAGAGUAUCGUGCGACUAGAUGGAGCGCGUGCUCGGUGACCUGUGGUUCAGGUGAACAGACCCGGGAAGUCACCUGUGUUGGUUCAGGAGGAAUGAGGCUGGAGGAAACAUCCUGCAGCACUUUGCUCCGCCCGACUGCGGUCCGACCCUGUGAGAUGGCGGCCUGCCUGAAACAGAUCAGCUGGCACGUUGGAGAGUGGGGACUGUGCUCUAAGAGCUGUGGCUCCGGCUCACGAGAGCGGCAGGUGAUCUGCUCAGACCAAGAGAGGAACCUGUACCCUGUGGACCAAUGUAACGCCCACCCCAAACCCUCCACAGUGGAGCGCUGCAACACCCAGCCCUGCUACAGCCCACAGGGGGUUCCCAGCAUUCAGGACCCUCGAGGACACGAAAACACACAGACUGUUUUCCAGCCCUAUGUGCCAGACCACGCAACAGCUCGCAGGCCGGAGACGGAUCUGACCCAGACGAACACAGUCCACGACCCUCACAGCUCUGCCCCAGCCCUCCACUGCAGCCAGUCCUAUUAUGGCUGUUGCCCAGAUGGACGCACUUCAGCCGGGGGCCCCCAGGGUCUGGGCUGCCCACGGGCCCCAACUCCUAGUCCUGUCCAGCCAUCCUGCAUUCAGACCAGUUAUGGCUGCUGCCAGGACGGAGUGACGGCUGCUCAGGGCCCCAACAAGGAGGGCUGUGUGGAGUAUGUUGCCCCUGCACCCACUGCUGCUUCUUCACUUCCCACUGAGAAUGCAGUACAGUGCCGUACCACCACCUAUGGGUGUUGUUAUGACCGCACCACACCUGCUGGAGGACCCAACGGGGAGGGCUGCCCCAACCCACCCAACCACAUUGAGCGCUCUAUCUGCUCCCUGCCUCGUGCUGCCGGCUCCUGCAGCAACUGGAUAUUACGCUACCACUACGACGUCAUCACCUCCAAGUGUGUGCACUUCUGGUACGGAAGUUGCCACGGUAACAGCAACAACUUCAUGACCCGGGCUGAGUGCCAGAGGGUGUGCCAGGUGCCUGCACCGAGCCAGCAGGGCCCGGUCUCGGAAUCUGCCCCUGGAAGGACCACAUCUGGAGGAGGCACCGCAUCUGGAGGAGGAUCUAGAGCAGGUGGAUCCACCUCUGGAGGAUCAACAGGUGGGGGGUCACGCAACAUGGGGAGGAUCUUCACAGUCCAGGGAGGCUCGACCAGCAGCUCCAGCAGACAGGCCACAAGUGCCGCCACACAUGCCCAUAGAGGUAGAGUCCAUCUGCGUGGCCGCCGGCCUUCCUCUGCUACUGCUGCACAGCACACCGGCCCAGCAGCGAGUUUGACCCUGGGAGAAGUGACCAUCGAUAAGACCGACCCCUCGACAGUGGAAGCUUUAGUUGGUCAGACAGUUGUGCUGCCCUGCAGAGUCAGCCCGCGGCCGUCCUCCACUGUCAUUGUCGAGUGGAGAAGAGAUGGCAUCCCUCUGUCUACUCACAGGCAUCACCAGCAGCCCAGUGGUUCCCUUUUAGUUGGUCCUCUCACUAAGUUAGACUCUGGUUGGUUCUUGUGCGUGGCUACUCGAGAACAGGAGAGAGACCACCGCUACAUAUACCUGUCUGUCACAGAGGGAUCAUCUCAGCUGACUCCUACCUCAUUGCCCAGAGAUGGACCUUUCCCUCGGUUCAGUAUCGAGCGGUCAAGCUCAUCUUUUCUGGAAAUGCGAGCAGGACAAACUGCCAGACUUCCCUGCAGGAUUGUCCCUCCCUCAGCACUUCAGUCUGUCAACAUUCAGUGGACUAAAAAUGGACAGACCCUCAGUGACGCCAGGUAUACCAAACACUCAGAUGGCACGCUGAUCGUCGGCUCUCUGAAGUCCGAGGACUCUGGUGUCUACACAUGUACAGCCUCCACUCAGCAGCAGCUGGAGCAGAGGCAGCUGCAGCUUCGAGUCCAAGCGGACCUGAAGAUCACCAUAGCUCCUAAUAACAUCCAGGUGUCUGAAGGCAGCACAGCUCUGCUUCCCUGUGUGGUGUCAGGAGACAACGUCAAUAUAGGCUGGUCCAGAAAUGGUGUACCAGUGCGUCCAGACGGUCGUAACAUCCUGAUGUCUUCUGACGGCAGCCUGAUCCUGAAUAACGUAAAGCCUUCAGAUGAGGGCACUUACACCUGUAACGCUUACACUGGCAUCUACUCUGUGAGCGCCACGGCUGAAGUUAGAGUCACUAAAGACACACAACAAGGUGUUGAUGUGCCGCCAGAAUGCAUGGACCAGCCUGAGCUUGCCAACUGCGAGCUGAUAGUUUACGCCCGACUUUGCUCCAACUCGUACUACUCCAGUUUCUGCUGUGCCAGCUGUACCAGGCAUUCGCAGAUGAAUGACAGGUUUGGUCAGCUAGGCUAAAGCUGCAUAGGGUUUAAAAACUCUGGGAUGUGUGGGAGAGGGGACAGGGGACAGGGGAGGGGAGUUUUGGAGGAAUGCAUUUUGAAUACCUUCCAGCACUGAACUUCUGCAAUUGCCAAAAGGACUCAAAACACUCAUAUCUGACUAGGUUGUGCAGAAUCACAAUUCAAGAAUGCAAUGAAAAAGGGACUGAUUACUAUAGAUGUAGUUAAAUCUGUGAACCAGAAGUUCAGGGAGUCUGUUUGUACACUGCUGCAUUAAACACUAAAUAUGGAAACAUUAAAUACGGACCUUAAAAUUGAACGUGCCAUGUAAACCUGUAAAGUCUGUUGAAUGUGAUGAAGUAAAAGUCAAACUUUCUUUGUCGUUUUUACUCUGCCACGUCUUUAAAAUAAGUUAUUUACUCACUGGACCUUACUGCACAUGUUCUCUGUUUUCUAGAGAAUUAUUUUUACUUUCAGGUCAUUAAAAGGAUUUAACAUGUAAAUCCAGUAAAACCCUUCACUUGUGAAAUUAUUCCAUCUCUGUUGUACUGUUUUGACCACUGGUCUUUUUUUUUAAAUCAAAAUUUUGGCAUUUCACUGAUAAAAGGGUUGUAUUUUCUCUUUGUAUUGCUUAUUUUUAUGUAAUUAUUUGAUAAUAAAAUUGAUAUUUUG